AUGGUCAAGAAGACACUAGAAAACGUCGAGGUGCUCGUGGAUGUUGAUUUCACGCCCCAAUUCACCCCAAGCACUACUACAGUAGCUGACAUUUUGACCAAAGAUGCUUUGGAAUUCGUCGUGCUUUUGCACAGAACCUUCAACAAGACCAGAUUGCAAUUGCUCGAGAACAGACAAAUUGUUCAAAAGAAGAUCGAUGCUGGCGAGUACGAGUUCGGUUUCUUGAAGGAGACGGAAUCGAUCAGAAAUGACCCCACCUGGCAAGGACCCGUGUUGGCCCCAGGUCUAAUCGACCGUUCCACAGAAAUCACGGGACCCCCAUUGAGAAACAUGUUGGUGAACGCAUUGAACUCCGAUGUCAAGACGUACAUGACCGAUUUCGAGGAUUCCGCAUCGCCAACCUGGGAAAACGUCAUAUACGGACAAGUGAACUUGUACGAUGCCAUUCGCGACCAGAUCGACUUUGUCACGCCAAGAAAAGAGUACAAGCUAAGGGCCAAGAUCGGCGAGUUGCCCACAUUGAUUGUGAGACCCAGAGGAUGGCACAUGGUCGACAACCACAUUUUGGUUGACGGCGAGCCAAUCAGCGCCUCGAUUCUCGACUUUGGUUUGUAUUUCUUCCACAACGCGCACAAGUUGAUCGAAAUCGGCAAGGGUCCAUACUUCUACUUGCCCAAGAUGGAGCACCAUCUCGAGGCCAAAUUGUGGAACGACAUUUUCCAGGUCGCACAGGACUACGUUGCGCUCCCACGCGGGACCAUCAGAGCUACGGUCUUGAUUGAGACUUUGCCCGCUGCGUUCCAGAUGGAGGAAAUCAUCUGGCAGCUCAGACAGCACUCGGCCGGGUUGAACUGUGGCCGUUGGGACUACAUAUUCUCCACCAUCAAGCGGUUGAGAAACAAGCCCGAGCACGUGUUGCCCAACAGAGACCAGGUCACCAUGACCUCUCCGUUCAUGGACGCGUACGUGAAAAAGCUCAUCAGAACCUGUCACAGCCGUGGAGUGCAUGCAAUGGGUGGUAUGGCCGCACAAAUCCCCAUCAAAAACGACGAGGCGGCCAACACCGCUGCGAUGACCAAGGUCCGCAACGACAAGAUCAGAGAGUUGACCAACGGCCACGACGGUUCCUGGGUCGCCCAUCCGGCAUUGGCGCCCAUCUGUAACGAAGUGUUCGCAGAAAUGGGCACUCCAAACCAGAUCUACAAAGUCCCAGAAACAACCGUCGCUGCUGCAGAUCUAUUGAACACCAACAUCAAGGACGGCGAGAUCACCACUGCUGGCAUCAAACAAAACUUGGACAUCGGCUUGCAGUACAUGGAAGCCUGGCUCAGAGGCAGCGGCUGCGUCCCCAUCAACAACUUGAUGGAGGACGCUGCCACCGCAGAAGUCUCCCGUUGUCAAUUGCACCAAUGGGUCAAGCACAAGAUCGUCCUAAAGGACACUGGAAAACCAAUUACCCCAGAAUUGGCAAAGGAAAUCCUCUACGAGCAAGCCAAGGAGCUAGCUGCCAAGUCCCCAUUGGGCGACAAGAACAAGUUCAACCUGGCAGCCAAGUACUUCGAGCCUGAAAUCACAGGAGAGAAGUUCAGCGAGUUCUUGACAACCUUAUUGUACGAGGAAAUUGUCACUGUAAACUCCACCCCAUUCGACUUGUCCAAGUUGAAAUGA